UGAAAAAAAGUGAGUUGUCUUGCCAUCUUGGUUUGGUGCAUGGAUUUCAGUCCGCAUGCAUCAAUCCUUGCCUGAUUUUCUAGCGCCAGAAAACCGGCGCAGAGAUCCAGCUCUAUACCUAAAAGAGCACAGCUCGUCAACUCGACCCCAAAGCCCCUCGACCUCGAUUUCACAGCCGUAAACUUGCCCCUCACUUCACUAAAUCUCGAACCGCGGGAGCAGUUAUCGGUCGCCCAACAUGUCUGCGGAUGAUCAGGUUUUCCUGGACGUUCUGUCCGCCAUCCCUAACGACAUCAAACGAUAUUCGACCGAGGUCGCCGACUUUGUCGACAAGCAUGUCGAGGUGGCGGCUGGGAUGCUGAGGGAGCAGCUCUCGACGGCCGACUGGAUCCCAGAGUCCUUCCGUCCACGCCCACUACCGCCCACCCCCUCCGCCCAGCUCCUUCCCCUCUCGGCGUACGAGCGGCUCGAGGGCUGGGUGCUGAGGCACAAGUUCCUCACGGGGCUUAUCGUCCUGGGCGCCGGCACCGCCGCGUACCGCACCUACCACAAGCAGUACAACCACAAGCCCCGGCGCGCGAGGCGUUCCCGGAACGGAGGGCGGGUCGAGGUGGUUGUCAUAGCCGGCAAGCCGAGCCUGCCCCUGGUCAAGUCCCUGGCGCUGGACCUGGAGAGGAGGGGCCACAUCGUCUUCAUUGUGUGCAACUCGGUCGAGGAGGACGCCAUUGUGCAGAGCAUGCAGCGAUCCGACAUCAAGCCGCUCGCCAUGGAUAUAGCAGACCCGCCGCUCGCAGGCGCCUCCAUCGAGCGCUUCGCCCAGUACCUCCAUGCUCCCCAUCCCCCCACAUCCAAAUCGAAACCAAUCCACCUCUCCCUAAAAGCCGUCAUCCUUGUUCCCUCGGUCACAUACCAGACUUCCCCGAUCGCCACCAUCCCUCCUUCCAGCUUCGCCGAUCUCUUCCACACGCACCUGCUCCACCCCAUCCUCACCAUCCAGUCCUUCCUCCCACUACUGACGGCUCGCCCGUCUCCUCCGCCGGUGUCUCCGGCCACUGCGGCCGGCGCAACCCCCGCGCCGAGCCCCACCGCCACCAGUCACAAUCAGGGCCCGCCAAAGGUCAUUGUCUUCACACCAUCCAUCGUCUCAUCCAUAAACCCGCCCUUCCACGCGCCAGAGGCUACUGUGUGCUCUGCCCUGUCGGCCUUCACCGAGGUCCUGACGGCCGAGCUGCGGCCACUCUCGAUCCCCGUCACGCACGUGCAGCUCGGCACCUUUGACCUCUCGGACUUCACGCCCGCCCUCAAGGCUGGUGCCGCCGCCGCCUCGCGCGCGGCCGGCCUGCUCACGGGCCCGGACCCGGCCGAGUCCUCGUGGCCUGAGUCGGCGCGCAACGCCUACGGCCGCAACUACACGGCGCAGUCCACGUCGGUCAUCGGGACCGGCACCGCCGUCCGGGGCCUGCGUGGCACCUCGCUGCGGGAGCUGCACACCACCGUCUUCGACAUCAUCAGCGCCGACCCGGCCAGGGGCGGGCCGCCCGAGAGCGUCCGCGUGGGCCUCGGCGCGGACCUGUACGGCUUCGUCGGCCGCUGGGUGCCCCGCGGCCUGGUCGCGUGGAUGAUGGGCGUCCGCAAGGUCGACAACCUGGCCGCGUGGCAGCCCUCGCCGUCCAUGAGCGGCACGCCCAGGUCCGGCAGCGAGAGCGGCGAGUUUGUCGCCGUGCCCGGCGGCGACUCGUCCUUUGUUACCGAGCAUGAUGUCUGGAAAUGAAGUCGACGACAUGAAGGCGGCGGGUAAACUUGUCAUUUAAUCGGCGCAUCACGGGUCACGCUUGCAUGUUUUCUUUUCUAUUCGUUCUGCUGCUAUGAUUAUCUGACCAGGUAUGGCUACGGAUGUAUCCAGUAUCCUGGACGCCACGAUAUACAACCCCUCUCAUAUGAAUUUCAUAAACAUCACGACGCUUUUGUAAUCAGUACAUAGAAACAAAAGUGACCACCUUCUGUCAAGGUGCCGAUAUCCA